GACACGUUACAAUUUUGUGUAAUCAGUUUUGUGUUUUGAUGGUAAAAAUUUAUCACUCUUGGCUUGUGGCCAGGGGCCGAACAAAAUCCUAUCACGGACCACAAAUGAUCCCCGGGCCACACUUUGGACACCCCUGCCAUAGACCUAUCCUGUUCCAGGAAGCAUAAUGGGUCACUUUUAAAACAAACUUGCCAAACAAGAUGGCCGCCAUGUGCAUCCUGAUGGUUUCAAUAAUAGUCGACUUGUUGAAACCAUUUUGUAUGGAUUUUCUGCAUAUGAAGGUCUUUAGCAUGUAGAUGUUGCUAUUGGCUGUAAAUGAAGCUAAUAAGUCGGAGCAGAACGUGAGCUGUUGACCUUUAACCUGCUUUGCCUUGCAGCCAUGAGCCACCUGAAUGGCCAGCGGCUGCAUGGGAAACCUCUCCGGAUCACGCUGUCCAAACACACCAGCGUCCAGCUUCCCCGUGAAGGCCACGAGGACCAGGGCCUGACCAAAGACUACAGCAACUCCCCGCUGCACCGCUUCAAGAAGCCCGGCUCCAAAAACUAUUCCAACAUCUUUCCUCCCUCCGCCACCUUGCACCUCUCCAACAUCCCCCCUGCUGUGGUUGAAGACGACCUGAAGAUGCUGUUUUCCAGCUCUGGAGCCAUCGUCAAGGCCUUCAAGUUCUUCCAGAAGGACCAUAAGAUGGCUCUGAUCCAGAUGGGUUCGGUGGAGGAAGCCAUCGACUGCCUCAUCACGUUCCACAACCACGACCUGGGAGAGACGCACCACCUGCGCGUCUCCUUCUCCAAGUCGUCCAUCUGAGCCGGACAGUUUCUAUUUUUAUACGGCGUCCACUACACUCCAAUCAUUCCGAUGCAGAAACCACCACGAAGUCUGCUGUGAUGUUAAAUUAUUGUGUUGUUUCUUUUUUAGACUCUUUACCUUCGGAGAAAGGUAGGAUUAUCCCAUCAAUACGACACUUCAGAGGUGCUUCUCUGAAGUCCUGCAAUUAUUCUCCAAAAUCAGAGAAAAGUCAGUAUUCUGAGUUUUAACUGUUUGAUAAAAGGUCAGGUCGUCAGAAUUUAAUGUCCUCCUUGUUGGGAAGUUUUUAGCGUCUUCUGCCUUUUGGCCUUCGGCCUUCACAAACCCAAAGUCAGAACUGACUUUAACUCAGAAUGAUCACUUUAGUCUCUGACUCUCGCCUGGUUUAAUAAAAACAAUAAGGUUGUUAGAUGAUGGUCCCGGUUUGGGCAGUCGUAGCUUCUGGUGUCGCGUUUCACCCGGGCGCCUCUUUGACCUUAAGAUGACCCCUGUGCCUUAUUCUGACUCAAACACAAAAACGAAGCCUCUGAAUUGGAAAAGCAGGUUUACAGUUGAUAAAGGUUUACUGUUGAGAUGUAUUACAGAUAUAUUCCUGUCUUUGUGUGUUUUGUUGGUGUUGUCUGUUAGUGUUUCGUAAUGUUGGUUACUGUAGCAUCAAACAUGUGAACCGAGUGUUUUAGCAGCUUCGCUUCGUCGUUUAGAUUUUCUUUCUCGUCACUUUCCGGCUCUUUUUCUUUCCCAAAUAUGCAAUCAUUAUGUAAUCAUAUAUUGUAGCAAUAUUUUAAUCAUUCCUGAGCUUUUGUUUUAUUUUCCUCGCUGAGCUCGGCCGUUUCCGCUGCCUUCUUCGACCCGAAGAUGAAUGUUGUGUUUUUGUUUUUGUUUGUUUUGUUAGUUGCGUGUCUCUCAGAACGUUUUUAAUUUAUACGUUUGUGAUCCACUACAGCUAAAACCAAAAACAGCCUUUUUAGAUGCAAACAGUUCCACCUGCCUCAGGUUUCUGAUUUUUAAGGCCUAAAAAAAAACAAAAUAAUAGUGGUUCAGGCUUUUAUUGGUGGUUUGUUUUUGGGGUUUUUUUUCCCCUGUGAAAAUGUAAAUGACUUCAACCGAUUUGCUCACGUUUGGCUACGCGGCGUGCCUUCAACCCAGCGCUGAAGUCGCAACAUCACAAAGUGAAAUCUUCUGACGGUUUAGUCAAAGUUUGCUGGUUUGGCUCAUUUACGUCUUAAUUUUACAAACUGUCGACAUUCCAGCCACUCGGAAGUCCACUCCAUUUUCAGCGUAGCGCGAUAUUUUGCUGUCUGAACGAAGUGUUUGGUAGAAAUGAGCUGCUGAGGUUUACGGUGGCGAUGCGUUCGGUGCACCUGGGAAAAGUUCGAGGAACUUCGAUUAGGAAAGGAAAAAAGAGACGACGUUUAACGUGAAAAUUAUACGAUACAAUGAGUUUUUACAUCACGUUUCAACGCGAAAAUGUCGCGUUUUGACGAGUUUUAUCACGUUAUGACGUAAAACUUUUUCGUUUUAACGUGUUUUACAUACCGUUACAACGGGAAAGUUUCUCACUAUAACCAGAUAUUAAACUUGUUUUAUUAAAACAAACUUUCUCGUUUUACAUCUCGCUAUGUGAAUUGGUUUCAACGAGUUUGUAACAUAAAAGUUUUUUAUUGUUAUAAAGUUUGUUUUGACCAGUUUUAUCACGUUGUAAUGUGAAACCUUUUCGCUUUAUCAUGCGAAAGUUUUACAUUUCGUUAAAACAAACUUUCUCGUUGGAGCAAAAGUUUCACGUUUUGACAAGUUUUAUAUCUCGUUGUGUAAAUUUGUCUUUAAAAUGAGCUUCAUGUCGUCAUAGUGUGAAACUUUGGAGCUGAAAGAAAAAAGUUUUGCAUGAUAAGGAGAUGAAACUCGUCAAAACAUUAAACUUUCACAUUAUAACAAUGUAAAACGAGAGUUUUUCACGCAACACGACAUGAAACACGUUAAAACAAGAAACUUGUUAUACCAAGAUGUAAAACUCCUUUUCACAAACUUUCACAUUAUAAGACUGUAAAACUCGUUUCUCAUUUUAAGAUUUAAAACGAGAAACUUGUUGAGUUUUAUGUCGUUAUAACAAGUUUCUCACGUUAUAAAAAGAUAUGAAACUUGUUAAAAUGAGAAACUGUUUAUAAGAUGCAAAACUCUUUAUAACAAACUUUCAUGUUAUAACCAGAUGUAAAACGUGUUAAGUUUUUCUUUUAAAUGGGAUAUAAAACCCGUUAAAACUUUAAACUCGCUUUACAACCGGAUGUAAAAGUCGUUGCAAUAAAAUGUCUCAUUUUGACAAGUUUUUAAAAUCUCUAGCAUUUGAGUUUCUUGUUUGAAUGAGUUUUAUAUCUCAUUAUAACAAAAUAUUUGCUCCUGAAUUUAUUUCCCACUUUUGGCAGUUGAAUUCUUCCAUAGAUGAGAAAGCGGAACCUAAAGAAGUCUCCUCUGAUUGGUCGAUUGCAGUGGUCUGAUCUGACUCCGCCCACUAAAUCUGAAUUAAUUUUAUUGGCUAAAAUGUUUUCUAUAAAACUUAAGACUACAACAUUGUUUUUCCAUAGGUUUUUGUCGUUAAAUGAUAUUUACUUUGCAGCUAUUUAAAAAAAAAAAAUAGUUUGCUUAUAUAUUUAAUGUGUUUUUUUGAGGGUUUCUGUUGGUGUCGAGAGUUAGGAGGAUUUCCCACCGUGAAGUAAAGUGGACCAAUGAAAACACUCCAAAUGCUGGACAUAAAGUCCUUUAUUUACUGUGAAGAAGCUUUUAACUGCGAACAUAACGAUCCGGCUGCUUGUUCAGUUUCUCCCUGGGUGCACCUGAAUGCAUCGUGACCUGUCGUCUGCUGGAGCGGGAGCCCGAACCGGGUCAAAGGUCACCUGACUGUACAUACAUGUUUUAUACACGGCUAUCUGAGAGGAGAUUGUUGGUUUUAUAUCCAAUGAAACGUGUAUAUUUUGAUUCGAGUGUGCAACAAGUUCUGAGCCUUACAUUGUGUCACAAAGAAAAAAAAUAAAUCAGUUUUUUUUUUUUUUAAAA